AGCAUGCAACAACAACAGGGCGAGGAUGAUGACCACGGGCUAUCGAACUUGGGAACUAGACAGAUUUUGAAUUGGUCUCCAUCAGAUAUCUCUAUGGAAGCUCUGUCUCGAGCUCUUGGAGAAAAGCUCCUCGUUGCAAAGAAAAACAUUUCCAAGGAGGUCCGGUUCAAACCCACGUGCCAGACCCCGGAGCAAAUAGCUGGGAGUAAUUGCAGCAAAGAUGGCUGCCUUCGAACUGAACUGCCAGAGAAUUUCAGGGAUAGAGUGAAGCAGUUAGUUGGGAAUCCAAAAUUUCAACUUUCACCUCAAUACAAAGAGGCGAUGGCAGAAAUGGCGAGUCAGAUCGAAGGGAGAUAUGAGAUCAUACUUCUCACCGCUGCCUCAUCCAACCACUUCUUUGAGUCCCAAGCUUUGAUGAAAAAUCUUCACACAUAUGUGUUUCCUCGGUUAAGAAACUUUACUCUUAUUUUCUAUGACAUAGGCUUAUCUGAAGAAGAACAUCUACAAAUGAAAAAAUAUUGUCAGUGUCAAGUUGUGAAAUUUCCCUUUCAUCUAUUUCCGGAGUUUGUGAGAAACCUUAAGUGUUAUUCGUGGAAGCCACUCAUGAUCAAAGCUCAUAUUCCUCAGUCCAAACUGGUUGUGUGGAUGGACGCGUCAGUUCGCUUCCGGCCGGACCCCCAACUUCUACCCAGGCUCCUGCAACAGGCGCAGGACAGGGGCGUGCAGAUGGGAGGCAGUGGCGCUGACUCUCCCUAUCGCACUGACGUGGCCAUGUACCACUUCUUCGGGGACGAGCCGUGCGCCUACCUGGGCCUCUCUCAAGCUAAAGCCACUUUUGGAGUUUUCCACCGUGAGCCUUUCGUGGACAAAGCCGUGCUGGAGCCAUGGUGCGCAUGCGCGGUGAAGAAAAACUGCAUCUGUCCGUCUGACCGCCACGGGUGUGCGGAGAGCAAAGCUGCUGUUCUUUCUUUCCGGAAUCGGAGUGGGCCUUUGCGGCUUGGGCUGUGUCAUCGAUACGACCAAUCAGCCAUUAGCACCAUUUUGCACAAGUUGUAUCAAGGUUACUUCCGGUUUGUCUUGAUCGACAUUUUAAAGUUUAUUCAAAUUCUAAGAAAGACAACAGAAAAUUAUUUCCCAGUUUCUUAACAACUGGAA